AUGUGUGAUUCCUGGCGGGCCUCCUACAUCCACGGGAGGACAAGAAGAUCCGUGUUAUCGACGCGCAGUGCUUUGUGCGCCGAGUGCUUUGUGCACUGCGACGACCUCGCCAAGGAGCUCGGCGGAGUAACCGUCGGAGAGCAGGGGGAUGAUGAAAUCGCGGCUGCCGCGCACGAUUACGUCCUCGCUUCCAUCCCCGACCUCCUGCUGCAAUCCUUCCUCCAUCCCAUCCGCAUCUUCCUCCGCUCACAGUCCAUCACUCUCCCCCUCACCUACGCCGCUGCAGCAGCCGCCCUCCUCCACCUCCCCCUCAACUGCGCCCUCGUCUUCUACCUCCGCCUCGGCAUUCGCGGCGUCACCUUUGCAUCCGUCUGCACCAAUCUCAACCUCCUCCUCCUCCUCGUCCUGUACAUCUAUUUCUCCGGCGUCCAUCGACAAACUACGGCGCUCGAUUUCUCCAUCGACUGUUUCAAGGGAUGGCGUUCUCUGCUCAAUUUGGCGAUUCCCAGCGCUAUCUCGGUGUGCCUGGAGUGGUGGUGGUAUGAGAUCAUGGUCCUCCUUUGUGGCUUCCUCCUCGACCCCAAAUCCACCGUCGCCUCCUUGGACAUCAUGGGGAGAUUUGGAGCAGAAUUGAUUAUGGAAGAGCUCGCUGAAAUCUGCUCGGAGUCCGACAUGAUUAGCUGUAGGAAGAGAUGUUCUGGUCAAAAGAGAUGGAAGCGGGUGGUGAUGGUUCCUAAAGGAUGGGACAAGCUUUUUCUUUCUAUUGUUUCAGUGGAGUCUGGAAAAACAAUUGCUAAAACUGGCAAAGCUACUGUGAGAAGUGGAAACUGUCAGUGGACAGAGGCAGAAUCUAUAUGGGUGUCUCAAGAUGAUACAUCAAAAGAGCUUGAAGAAAGCCAGAUUAAGAUUGUCAUUUCACCGGCUUCGGCUAGAUCUGUGAUCAUAGGUGAGGUCACCUUAAAUCUAGAAGAUUUUCUGAGUGCAGGUGACACUGGUCCUCUGUUCCUUCCUUUGCAGAAGUGUGAUUCUGGGACAACUUUACAGCAAAUUUCUUAUUCUUACACAUUCUCACUGAUAAUUUCUAUGGUAAGUUUUCUGACUAAAACUGAUCUGAUAUUUUGUCCUCAACCUGAUGAUCUAGACCUCAUCGCCUGUGGUCAGCAUGAAUCUUUAAGAUCGAAUCAAUCAUCUUUCAGCUCCAGUGCCUCAAGUUCUUCACUGCAUAAUCAAUGGGAAGACACGAAUGCACAUACUUCUGAAAGAGUAGUGAUGGGAUCAUCAAGGCCAUCUGACUCUUCAAAGGAUCUCCUUCAAACUGCUGAAGAGACUGAGGAACUCCGUGAUGAGGUUAAGAUGUGGGAGGGACAGUCUCAACAGUUGAAACUUGAUCUUGAGAGUUUAAAGGAAGAAAUUUCUGAGAAAGCUAUGCAUCAGGCAAACCUGGAUAAGCAGCUUUCAGCUACAAAAAGGGAGCGUGACUCUUUAUUGAAAGAAGUUGAACAACUGAAGGUGGCACUUGAGAACUCAAUGUCAAAACAAACAAAUAUUGGCAGUUUCAAAAAUGAAAAUUCUGCUCAUGCUCUGAAGGAAUUGGAGGAUGAGCUGAAGUUUCACAAAGAAUCCAAUGCUAAUUUAGCUCAACAGUUGAAACAAGCACAAGAUUCGAACAUUGAAUUUGUCUCAAUUCUUCAAGAAUUAGAAGAGAUCACAGAGAAACAGAACUUGGAGAUAGCUAGUCUUUCACAACAGAGCUGUCUAGAUGGACAAGAAAAACACGAUAGGAUUCCAAAGUCUUUGGACAACGAGGCUGAAUGCAGGGGAGAGAUGCUAGGUAUUAGAACAAGUAACUCUAAUCUAGAAAUAGAAAUUGAGACCCUCAAAAACAAAAUACAGGAGUUAGAGUCAGAUUGUGCUGAGCUAACAGAAGAAAACUUAGAUAUGAUGUACAAGUUGAAGGAUGCUGGGAAAGGAAGUCCAUCACAAAUUUGUAGGUCUAAAGAAUCUCGUGAUGAAAUUUCAGAUGACAAUUGCAAGUAUGGAAAUGUCUUGCUUAAAUCUCGAGCACGUGAACUUGAGGAUGAGCUCAAGAGGAAGGAAGCUACAACUGCAACAUUGUCAGCUAAGUUCAAAGACCUUGAGAAUGUUUCUGCUGAUCUUGAGAUAGAACUACAACAUUAUAAGGACAAAACAAGUGACCUUGAGGCAAAUCUUUGUCAAAUGCACAAGGAAAUAGAAGAAAAGAACUUUGAAAUAUCCAAUCUACACAAAAAGCUUAAACUAAAUCUUGAAAAUGACUACUCUAGUAUGCAAAUUGUGCUUUCUGAAAUGAAUAACCAAGUUAGUCUUGCUUUAGCUCAAGCAAAAAGCUUGCACUUGAAGGAUAGCUCUAUUGCAGAUAAGGAUUUUGAUUGUAACUGUGAUGAAAACCCUUCAGAUAUUCUGAGUCAGAAGAGUCUGGUAGAGGAUAUCACUAAAAGUUUAUUUGAACUAAAUUCGCUACUAAAGAAAAAGGAAACUAAAAGUGAUGGAAAUAGAGAGGAUGAGAUCCAAUCUACCUUGUUGCUAAAAGAACAGGAGAUAGAUAGAUUAAAAUCUUCUAGUAAGGAGCUUGAAGAUCUUAUUUCCAUCCUUCAGCAAGAGAAAUUUCAACUGGAGGAAGAUUUGACUUCUUUACAAAAGCAAAAUGAUGAAAUGUCUAAACUUUUGGAAGAUGUGGAGAAUGAUUUAGAAGAGAUUACCGGUAGCAUGGAAUUUCAUGUUUCUGCUAAUAAGAAUCUUGAGAAAAAAACAGAGGAACUUCAAAAUUGCAAAAUGGAACUAGAGUUGCAAAAUUCUGAGAUUGAACAUGAAAAUAUCAAAUUAUCUGAACGUGUAGCUGGUUUAGAAGCCCAACUAAGAUUUCUAACAAAUGAGAAAGAAUCCUACAGAUUAGAGCUGGAGGAUACUAGAUCACUUGUUGUGAAUUUAAAGGAUGAUGUUGAACAACAUAAAGGUCAAAUGGAGAUGCAGAAAUCAGAACUAAAACAAAAGGUUCAGGAGACACAAAAGCAGUUAUCAGAAGCCCUGGAGGAGUCUGAUGUCUCAAGGAGAUCAAACUCAAAAUUGGCAGCUACAAUUGAGAAUCUUAUGGAAGAGUGCCGCACACUUCAGACACUAAUUGGAGACUUGAAGAGACAAAAGACGGAAUUGCAUCAACAAAUUAUACAUCUUGAAGUUGAAUUAAGUGAAUCAAGAAACAAGAAUUUUGAUUUUCAUGACAAAGUUGAUGUUUUAGAAUCAAAACUUUCUUCUCUGCAAAAAGAAAUAGCAUCUAAGGAGAAGGCACUGCUCUUGCAACUUGAUCGAUUUCUUCAUGAUCUCAAGGAACAUGAAGAAAAAGUAGGUAAUGUGAAUAUUUUAUUAAAACAUAUUGAAAUAGAGAAAACACUAAAAGUUGAGAAUCUUGAGAAAGAGAUAACUAAUCUUACUUCACAAAUGUCAGUGAGUGAGGAUGACAGAGAAAAUCUAGCAUUAGAUGCAGUGCAUGAAGCAUCCGUCCUUUGUGCAGAUAAAGCGAGGCUUGAAUGUAGUCUUCAGGAAAUCAGUUCAAAAGCUAAAUUUUAUGAGGCUGAUUUACAGGCAGUGCAGAAAGAGUCCAAGAGUAAGAUUCAAGGGUUAGUUGAUUUGCUUAAUGCUUCUAAGCAGAGUGAGGAGAUGUUAAUGGCUGAUAUUGAGCAAAUGAAACAAGUACUGGGGGAUGCCAAAUCAAAUGAACAGAAACAUAGAAAAAUAGUAUAUGAUUUAGAAUUGAAGAACAAAACUUUGGAAUAUGAAAAACAACAGACAAUGGAAGAAAUUUCCGAGUUAAAGUUUCAGUUGCAGAAACUGUCUCAUCUUCAGAAUACAAUUUUGGCUCUUGAAAACUCUCUUGAUGAGGCAAACUGUGAAAAGCGAAAACUGAAGGAGUUAUUGAAGUCAGCAACAGAAGAACAUGAAGAAUUGAUGUCAGAGAAAGUCUCUUUGACUGAAAAGAUUUCCAACAUGGAUAAGACUUUAUGUGACAGUGAAGAUGAUAGGCGAAGAAGGAUUGCCUUGCAAGAACAACUUAUGAGGCUUGAGAAUCUCUUAUCAAUUAAAGAUGCAUCUUGUUCAACAGAAGUGGAACUGAAAAAUGAACUUAAUCAGUUCAAGCGAAUAAACAGUGAGUACCACAGAAAGAUUCAAAAUCUUGAGGAAGAGAAUCUUGAGUUGACGAACAAAGUGCGGUCGAUGGAGUCUCAAGAUGAAAUUACUAAUAGUGAGAAUGAAAAAGUCUCACCAGGCCAUAUUCAAAGGGAAUGUGCCAGUAAUAAAGUUGUACGUGCCAAAGGACAAACUGAGUCUUCGGAGGCAAAUAACACACACAAAGAUGGACUUAUACGAGGCAUUUCUCAGAGUCAAUCUGAAGACGUUGAAGCCCUCAAGAAAGUUAUCAACGACCAUGCAGAUAAAAUCUCUUCUUUGGAGUCUGAACUAAAAGAUAUAAGAGAGAAGUAUCUUCAUAUGAGCCUCCAAUAUGCAGAAGUAGCGGCUGAACGUGAAGAGCUGGUAAUGCAGCUUAAAUCUGCCAAAAAGGAAAGAAGAUGGUUUUCGUGAACUUGGUUGUUCUGACUAUUGUUCAUCAUUUUCUUUCCCAUGGCAUUUAUUUUGUGACUGCCAUCAUAAUAGGGAUGAAAAUGUUACCACCUUACUCUAAAUUUAUGGUAGAUAAUAUAAGUAGGUGCUCUCUGACAAAACAAAU